AUGUUCACACAGGCUCAGAUUACACCAGAGUCGGCAGAAGAACAACCCUAUAGAUUUAUUGCUGAAGAUGGUGAUUCAAAUAUAAAGUCAGAAGUGUAUAGCCAGAAGAGACCAUGCAAACAAGGAACAAGCCCUGCAGCAGAGCCGGUUCCAGUGACUGAUUAUUUGAGAGCCAGUGAAGAGAAUAUAGUAACGAUAGGUCUGGAAAGACAAGUGAUAAACUCUGAGGAGAAAGAGGAAUCCUUGACCUUAAAAGAUGUAUUACCUUCAGCUCCACGUAAAGGAAUUACCUCAACCAAACUUUUUGACAAAGAUAAUGAAAUACCAUCAAAAGAAAAAGCUGAAGAAAAGCAAACACUGGAUUUGACAGUAGAAACUGAUGCGAGUUCAGAAUAUCCAGGGGUCUUCUGUGAAACAAAGAUCCAUACACCUGAAAGACUAAUUGAAGUUAAGAUGACUUCUAAACAUGAUUCAUCCACUAUAAAAGUUCCAGAUGAUCGUACAAAAGAAGUUUUAAAGAUUGGAACUGUAGUUGAAGUUAAGGACCUAAGUGAAACUUAUCAAAAAGUUGUCAUCAACAAUUUGACUGAUGCAAGCUUGUAUACUACAACAGUUUUUGAUGAAGAUAAGAAGACUCUCAAACAUUCUACACUUCGUCUGAAAGAAGAGAGACAUUUUGCUGAGAGUAAAAUAGUAGAUCAACUCUUCCUUACUAACCCUGAACAUUUCGAUAUGUCUACAUCUGAAAAGAAAGUGAGCAGAAAAAAAAGAUCUAAUCAUAUAUCGGAAGAGGAAUCUCCUUUAUCCUUGAGCAAAGAAGAAAGGGAGAAUAGAAGCCAAGCUGAUGGACUGACAAGACAAAUAAUAUACACAGACUAUGUUGGUGGUGAUAAAAGGAAAAGGCUACAAUUUCCAUCUUUGGAGGUUCGUCCAGACUACAGUGGAAAAAUUGCAAUAAAGAAAGACAGUAUUCUUGUUCGUUCUUCCAAGGACAGUGAAUUCUCUUCAGUGCCAAGAAAAGAUGUUCGAGGAAUUCCACUACAACCUGAUGCUGCAUGGAGACAAGCCUUUGUUCAAGCCUCAAAAUUCUAUAAAAGCAGAACUGUUCCUGAUAAUUGGAAGACCGGGAUAAAAGAAGAAAGAGAAGAAUGUGGAACUGUGUGGGGUGUAUUGUCCUGUUAUAAUUUGAGACUAGGUAUUAGGAAAAGGAGAGUUGGAAUUGGGUAA